GUCCAUGGCCGCCACACACGAGUGCGUUCAGUCACUUAGGACGGAGUCCAAAACUCAUUCACACACCAAGGAUGACAGAAAUAUAUCUUCUACAGCUUAAGAGAGCAUUCUAAACGCUUUUUAAAAACUUAAAUAUAUAUAUAUAAUUUAAAAAAACUAACUACUUUGAAGAUUAUCAGCAUACAGCUCGUUUUGGAUUUGUACAGCAACUUUCAGCAUGGCCGGAGCUCUGAGCAUGGACGAAAGUCAGUACGGCAUGAAAAUGUUUGACAACGAGCAAUUCGUAAUGGACGUCUCCUAUCAUCAGUUAAUGCCCUCGUUCGAGAUUAAAAGUGAACCUUAUGUUCCAGAAACAGCUCAUGGGCCUUUCUUACAGAUAAUUGAGGAGCCCAAACAAAGAGGCUUCCGGUUUCGUUACGAGUGUGAGGGUCCAUCUCAUGGGGGUCUCCCAGGCGCUUCCAGUGAGAGGAACAGGAGGACGUAUCCCACUGUUAAGGUGUGUAACUACGUGGGUCAUGCUCGGGUCGAGGUGCAGCUCGUGACACACACCGAGCCUCCUCGUGUCCAUGCACACAGCCUUGUUGGAAAACAGUGCAAUGAGAAUGGAACAUGCAGCAUAGAUGUGGGUCCCACUGACCUCACAGCACAGUUCAGCAAUUUGGGUAUUCUUCAUGUUACUAAAAGAGGAGUGGUAGAUGUUCUGACAAAGAGACUGAGAGAAGAGAGAAAGAGAAUGAAGCAGCCUGGAUUCCAUUUUACCGAUGCAGAAGAGCAGGCUAUUAUUCGAGAAGCGAAAGAGCUGGGCAAGACCAUGGACCUAAACAUAGUGAGGUUAAAGUUCACUGCUUACCUUAAGGACAGCAACGGAGGCUUCACCAGAGCUUUGAAACCAGUCGUCUCGAACCCCAUCUACGACAGCAAAUCUCCCAAUGCGUCCAAUCUCAAGAUCUCACGCAUGGACAAGACUUCUGGCUCGGUGAAGGGAGGGGAUGAGAUCUUCCUGCUGUGUGACAAAGUUCAAAAAGAUGAUAUUGAGAUUCGUUUCUAUGAGGACGAUGAAGAGGGAGGUUGGGAAGCGUACGGUGAUUUCUCUCCCACUGAUGUACACAAACAGUAUGCCAUUGUCUUUAAAACGCCACCAUAUCGCAAAGAGAUCGAGCGACCAGUCACUGUCUUUCUCCAACUCAAGAGGAAGAAGGGUGGAGACUGCAGCGAGCCCAAACAGUUUACCUACGUCCCACAGUAUCCAGAUAAAGAGGAGGUUCAGCGAAAGAGGAUGAAGUCUCUUCCGCAACCCUAUGACCACUGGCGGGGGCCACAGGGUGGAGCAGGAGGCCUGGGCAGAGGAGCUGGGGGCUUUGGAGGUCCUGGAGCAGGUGGAGGAGGAGGUGGAGGAAUAUUGGGAGGAGGAUUUCAGUUUAAUCAUGUGGAUGGGCCAGGCUUCUACGGUGGUAGCUGUGGUGGAUUUGCAGGAGGCACACAGAUGGCAGGAUCUUCUCCACAGCCGGUUAAAGCCCAGGAACAACAGCAACAACAAGAAAUGCCAACAAACUUAAUAGCACAGCAACACCUCCUUCAGAUUGCUUCGGCUCUACGGAAACGGGCCAUAGCAGAAGCCAAGCACAGUGCUAAGGCCCUGUUGGACUACUGCAGCUCAGGGGAUGUACGCUUCCUGCUGGCCAUGCAGAGACAGCUUUGUGGUGUGCAAGAUGAGAACGGAGACACGCCCUUACAUUUGGCCAUUAUCCACCAGCAGCCAGCAGUGGCCACAAAGCUUAUUCAGACUAUCAUAAACACUCCACAGUUCAAAUUAAUCAACAAGUUCAACCUCCUCAACCAGACCCCGCUGCAUUUGGCCGUGAUCACCCAGCAGCCAAAGUUGGUGGAGCUCUUGCUAAGAGUAGGUGCAGAUCCUACCUUACUGGACAGGGACGGACGGACGGCAGUGCAUCUGGCUGCUCAUGCUGGAGAUGAGACCAUACUGAGAGUGUUGCUAAACAUGCUAGGAGAGCGCCAUUCUCAUCUGUUUAACACCGCUGACUUCUCAGGUCUGUACCCACUGCACCUGGCUGUGAGAAGGGGAGGCGAGCGCUGCCUGCGUGUGCUGGUGGAGGCUGGCGCCAAGAUCAACAUGCCCGAACAGAAGAGCGGUUGCACAGCACUACACCUGGCUGUUAAGGAGAACCUUUUCAAAAUGGUCUGCAUUCUCAUCACUGAGCUGAAGGCUGACGUUAACGCGUGCACAUUUGGAGGAAACAGUCCACUGCACUUGGCUGCCAGUCUCGGCUCUCCACCCCUCUGCUCCAUGCUUAUAGCAGCAGGCGCAGAUAAACAACUGGAGAACGAUGAGCCGCUCUUCUCCUACUCAUCCCACUCUGAUGAGGAAGACCGUGGUGAAAAGAGAGACGACGGAGAAGGACUAGACGAGAAGGACGUAACCGAGCACGUACAAGAAGUGUCGAUAUCACCUGAGAGAAGUCGAGUCAACCCACGCAAGAGACGAGCAGUUGGACACACUCCUUUUGACCUGGCCAACUGUCAGAAGGUUAAAGAUCUGUUGGGUCCAAAGCCGAGUCACCUUUCAUCCAAAAAGACAAAAAAGAGCACUGAAGAUGUGAGCCAACCUCUGGACAGCGAAACAGUCAAUAGGCUGUGUGGCAUCCUCAAUAAAAGUCAAGUACCAUGGAAAGAGCUGGCAGAGAAACUUGGCAUGCUCACCCUGGCACAUUUAUACCAAGAAAGCCCCUCCCCCUGCCAGAAUCUUCUAGAAAACUACCAGUUAAGCGGUGGUCCAUUAGAUGGGCUGGUGGACGCGCUGCAGUCUCUUGGUCUGACAGAAGGAGUCCAACUUCUGAGAACCAGGCAGCCCAGUGAGGACAAACAGAGCACCGACACAACGGUGGACAGUGGCUUUGGCAGUCAGGAGGCAGACAGUCCAGCUGUGGCUAACGAUUGAACAGUGUGGUUCAAUGAAAUAAACUGAUUUUCUUUGAUGCUUUAUCAUCAACCAAAUGGAAAGUUGUCCUGCUAAACUCAUCACAGUGAAGAACUGGCAACCCGGUUUUACACUCACACCCUUUAGUGUGGACAGAGACUCAGAAGAACACGAUGUUAUGACUGGUGCUCUAAAUGUGUAAUGUAGUGACAGUUUGUGGAAGUUAUAAGAAUGAGAUACUGAGAUAUUAUUCAUCUUCAAUAUCCAAGAUGUAACAUUUGCAGUUACAGUUGUGGUCAGAAGUUUACAUACAGUGACAUGAAGGUCAUCUUGGAUAUGAAUGUCAUGGCAGUAUUUGGGCUUUCAGUAAUUCCUCUGAACUGUUCUGUUUCUGUGGCAGAAUGAUUGUACAGCAUACAGCUUUAAUUUAAAAAAAACAAACAGUAAAAUUCAGUGCACAAGUUUUACUGAAAACUCAAGCGUCUCUAAAGUUUGAAGCUGACCACACGGACAAAGAAAAAGUCUUCUGGAGGAUAGCUGUAUGGUCAGAUGAGACAAAGAUUGAGUUGUUUGGCCACAAUGACCACCAUGUACAGAGGAACACUGUACCAGCUGGUGGUGGUGGUAGGAUCAUCAUGCUCCGGGGCUGUUUUGUUGCCAGCGGAACUGGUUCAUUGCACAAAGUGGAUGGAAUAAUGAAGAAGGAGGACUACCUCAGAAUUCUUCAGAAUAAACCAUCAGAAACUUGAACACGACUUUGGACUUACAACAGGACAAUGAGCCCAAACACGCAUCAGAGCUGGUUGUGGAGGAUAAAGCAGGCUAACAUUAAGCUUAAAACAAGCCCCGACUUCAACCCUAUUAAAAAUAUAUGGAUCGUACUUAUAAGUCGAGUCCAUGCCAAGAAAAAAAACAAAGUUAACUGAACUCUACCAAUUCUACCAUGAAGAAUUGUGACAUAUCUAAUCAGAAUUCUGCCAGAAGCUUGUUCAUGGUAAACAAAAAUGUUUGGUCAAGGUGAAUCUUGCGAAGAGACAUUUUACCCAAAUACAGUAUUAGGUGUGCUGUAUGUAUAUUUUUGACCCUGUGUUGAUUUCAGAAAACCCAAAGAAAAUUAAAACUUUUGCACCAAAAUCUAGUGCUUGGUUGUUGUUUUUUUUAAAUUAAAGCUGUAUGCUGUACAAUCAUUCUGCCACAGAAACAGAACAGUUCAAAGAAAUGACUGAAAGCCCAAAUAUUGCCAUGACAUUCAUAUCCAAGAUGACAUUCAUGUCACUGUAUGUAAACUUCUGACCACAGAUGUACUUAAGUACCCUAUUUUCCAGAUAUGAACUUGUGUCUGUCUUCUAAUGUAUUCAUUUAUAAAUGCGUCAGAUUUUUUUCUGUGUUGCUGAUUGCUUUCGAUUUAGCGUAUUACUAAUACUGUGUAUUUAUAUGAGGUAUGUUUUUCAGCUAUAUGCCUGUGCAAUAGAGCCAUGCCCGAAUGUCUUUUUGAUAUGUUGCACAUCUAAGUGUUCGCUUUCUGAUCAUCAUCAUUGAAAUAAAUUUAUUUAAAAAAGAAA